CGCCUCCGCCGCUGCCGCCGAUCCGUUUGUGGAUUCAAACGGUCGCCGCCUCCAUGUUGGACGGAGCGCAGGGAAAUAGUCUCCGUUUCGGUGAAAGGUCUAUCGAAGACCCGGGAUUAAGCAGCCCUCCGCCGUGACUGAGACAUUAACUCGGCAAGCCGACAUAUACAGACGGAGGCAGCUAUUUUUUUAAAAACCAUUUUUUUUCUCCAUACACUAAGCUAUUCCCCGAUGCGGAAUCGAGCCCUCGCUUUAUAUAGACGCGAAACUUCUUUAUUUUCUUUUUGUCCUUCUAAAUGUGGUUUUUGACGUUCGCGUGUGUAUAAAGGAGCCCGGUGAUUGGGGGGGCCGGGGCUGUUUCGUGGUCGGUCACCGUUAGCUAGCUGGACUUGUGAAGACGGCUAGCUAGUUACUGUAAAAUCAAAGCGGCUACGCCAGUUUGGAAAAGGGGGGUAAACAUCCAGUUUCCAUGGACAACACGUCCAUAAUAACCCAGGUUUCCAACCCCAAGGAGGAGGAGAUAAUUUCUUCAAGUCAAGAAAAAGUAUCGCAGUCCAGUAGUAGCUUAAAGAAACAAAGGAGUAGAAGCAUCUUCAGCACAUUUUUCUGCUGCUUCCGGAGCUACAAUGUGGACCCUCCCUCCAACAACAAUGGCAGCUCCCUACCGCCACCUGUGGAAGAGAAUGGGACGCUCCCCAAGUGUGAUUCGGUCCAGGUCAUUCCCAUCCCCACUGAUGCAAGGGCUUUGCUCAGCAGGUGGAAAAAUGUGUCCAUUGGCGCUAGGAGCUCUGAAAUAUUACAUUUUGAGCCCCCAGCCAAAUACCUCCUACCUGAGAUGAACAUAUCGGACUACGGCAAGAAGUGUGUGGUGAUCGACUUGGAUGAAACCUUAGUGCACAGCUCGUUCAAGCCGAUAAGCAAUGCUGAUUUCAUCGUGCCUGUGGAGAUAGACGGUACAGUUCAUCAGGUCUAUGUACUGAAAAGGCCACAUGUGGAUGAGUUCCUGCAGAAGAUGGGGGAGCUGUUCGAAUGUGUCCUUUUUACAGCUAGCCUAGCCAAGUAUGCGGACCCCGUAGCGGACCUCCUGGAUCAGUGGGGGGUGUUUCGAGCCCGGCUGUUCCGAGAGUCCUGCGUAUUCCACCGAGGGAACUACGUGAAAGACCUGAGCCGAUUAGGGAGGGAGCUCAAAAACGUGAUCAUAGUGGACAACUCGCCCGCGUCGUACAUCUUCCACCCAGAAAAUGCAGUCCCGGUACAAUCAUGGUUUGACGACAUGACGGACACAGAGCUGCUGGACCUGCUCCCGUUCUUCGAGGGCCUUAGCAGAGAGGAGGACGUUUACAGCGUGCUCCAGAACCUGAGGGGCAGGUAGCCCGGUCUCCAGGGACCCCACCCGUUCUUGCCCCCCACCCCCCCCCCCAGCAUGGCUCAGGUCCUAUCCUGCAGCUGCCUGAAGUGGGCGCCGCAGAAUCUCACCACGGAGAACUCUCCCCCCCCCCCCCCCUGCCCCCCAGCUCUCCUGUUCUGACGGCACCCUGAGUGGACAGAAUGUUUGCAGUGCACUCGGUAUUUAGGGAUCCGGACUCUGGAACCUUCCAUUGGGCAGAACCAACGUGUACACCCACAGACAUGCAUUACAUAUAUAUUUCUAAGGAGGGAAAUCAGAAAACGUUCUGAAAAGGACUUACUUUUUUAACCAAGGGACAGUUUUACUAUCCUGUUUAAGUUCUUUAUAUGUACCAAAAACAAGCUUUUUAAGGAACGUGUUAGAAAGCUAUGCGGUUUUUGGCCACUCCAUCUAUGCUAUGCAGGAUGUCUUCUCUUGAUCUCCAGUAGUUUAAAUAACUGUGAUUUUUCUUUUCUUACUGAAUGAAGUGCCUUUUUUGAAUGUUGUUUUUACGGGGAAAACAUACAUUUUGUACACGGCAUAUUUCCAGAGAACUUAAAUCUUUUAAUGAAUAUAUGCUUUAAAAAUGAAAGUGGAUAUGAAUCUUUAUAUUAAGCACUGUUAUUUAUGCUAAAGAUUUUUUAAUACCAUUCGACGCUGGGUACAUGUCUCCAUAAUAUUCUGAUCGGUGUUUCUUUCAGUUGCCUGUAACGUUUUCUUUUUGCCAUUUAUAUAGAGGUGUUUUUUUGUUUUGUUCCUUUCUUUCUGAUGCAUAGAAAUGUGCUCGUGUCACCGUAGCUUUCACUGAGCAGGGUGGUGCAUUUGCAUUUGCGAUGCUGUUAGUUUUAGUCUUGGUCGUAGCUCCGACAGGGGCGGCCCCUCGUGUAAUAGGGCUGGGGGGCAGUUUUAAUGCCCGCGGGUAACUAAGUGCCAAUGGUUGUUCCUGAAUGAUGCCAAACACUUUAACUCUGUGUGUUCGUGCCAGAUGUGUGUGAAGUGUUCCAUCCAGCCCCCACCAACCCCUCCCGCCCCUGCCCCCGUUUACCCUGAUAUUAAAGUUGGGAAUUCAGUGGAGUGCAGCACA